UGCGUUGGUGCGCUCGGGAGCGGACAUGGCGGCCCUUGGAGUGCAGCUGGUGGUGACCCUGUUCGCUGCCACCCUCAUGCACAGGCUGGCUCCACAUGGCUCCUUUGCCCGCUGGCUGCUCUGUAACGGCAGUCUGUUCCGCUACAUACACCCGUCAGAGGAGGAACUGCGGGUGCUGGCAGGGAAACCAAGGCACAGAGGCAGGAAGGAACGGUGGGCAAAUGGCCUUCAUGACGAGAAGCCAUUGUCAGUGCCUCGAGACGCCCCUUUCCAGCUGCAGACCUGUCCCCUCACUGCUGCGGAUGCCCUAGUCCUGCGCUUCUUCCUGGAGUACCAGUGGUUCGUGGACUUCGCGGUGUACUCCGUCGGUGUGUUCCUCUUCACGGAGGUCUACUAUUUUGUGCUGAGCCCAGUCCAGGAGACCAACAUUGCUGUGUUCUGGUGCCUGCUCACACUGGCUUUUUGUCUCAAGGUGUUCCUCAUGGUGACCCAACUGUACUUCAGUGCCAGAGAGGGCGGCGAGCGCGCAGUCUGCCUCACCUCCGCCCUCCUCUUCCUGCUCUUAGCCAUGCUAGUGCAGGUGGUGCGGGAGGAGCUCCUGGAGCUGGGUCUGGAGCCAGGUCUGGCCAGCGUGACCCAGAACCUGGAACCUGUGCUGAAGAAACAGGAUUGGGACUGGGCACUCCCGGUGAUCAAACUGGUCAUCCGCCUUGGGCUGGCGAUGCUGGGCUCCUUGCUGGGCGCCUUCCUCAUUUUCCCAGGCCUGAGGCUGGCGCAGACGCACCAGGACGCACUGAACCUGUCUGCAGACCGGCCGCUGUUGCAGCUGCUCCUGCACACCAGCUUCCUGUCGCCCCUGUGCACCCUGUGGCUCUGGACAAAGCCUAUCGCUCGUGACUUCUUAUGCCAGGCACCCAUGAGGAACAUGACCUCUUCUCUGCCGUCAGAAGGGGCCUUUGAUUCCCUGCGUCUCUGGGUGCUGGUGGCGCUGUGCCUGCUGCGGCUAGCCGUGACCCGGCCACACCUGCAGGCCUACCUCUGCCUGGCCAAGACUCGAGUGGAGCAGCUGCGCAAGGAGGCUGGCCGCAUUGAGGCCCGUGAGAUUCAGCAGCGGGUGGUCCGGGUCUACUGCUAUGUGGCCGUGGUGAGCCUGCAGUACCUGACUCCGCUCAUCCUUACUCUGCACUGCACCCUGCUGCUCAAGACCUUGGGCGGCUACUCUUGGGCCCUGGGCCCUGUUCCAACCCCACUGACCCCGAGCCAGUCUUCAGACAUUUUGAUCUCUGUGAACCCAGCGGAGGAUGAAGCCCAGCAGACCGCGGCCCAAGUCGCAGGGAUCGUGGGUGGCCUGCUUACGCCCCUCUUACUCCGUGGCGUGCUGGCCUACCUCAUCUGGUGGACUGCUGCCUGCCAGCUGCUCUCCAGCCUCUUCGGCCUCUAUUUCCACCAGCACCUGGCAGUUUCCUAGCGUGAUGCCACUAGGUACUGGCGUCUGAUCCCAGUUCACAGGAUUGGAACUGUCCGUCCCGUGUGUGCACCUCAGUGCCCCUAGACGACCUAGGGGUAAGGGUAGAAACUCGCCACCAUCUCUCACCUCAGUGCCUAGAUCAUGGACCCCUUGAAUCAGGUUCCCCUGGACCUGGAGGCCAUGGUCCUCGUGUGUGUGUGUGUGUGUGUGUGUGUGUGCGCGCGCGCGCACGCUAGAUUGCAUGCCUGCAUGUGUGUAUAGGAUGUCAGUGGGAGGCUGCGCUCAAUAAAAGGGGUGGGCCACUUUUACAGAAAUAUGCCAGAGGCUAGGGAGACACGCGGGGAGACCUGGGUGGUGAGAAGGGCUUAGGAGAGCAGUACUAGGCAGGAGUGGAAAAAUGGAGGAGGUUAGAGAUUGCCAGAAAGCUAGGGGUGGAGCUCAGGCCCAGCAUCCACGUGUCCCUGGGGUCCAUCACUAUCACUAGGAGGGAAUGAGACAAAGUCACCAUGCCCAUCUCCCAGCACACUGGGGAGGCUGAGGCAGGAGGAUUAGCUUAGACUAGUAAAAAGAUCAUGUCUCCAAAACAAGAAAACAAGGGGGAGGGAGAGGACAGUCAGAACUGUCACCAGCCUUGGAUGCUGUGAGGUGACUGCUGACUUGUAUUCAAGACCCUGGUGACUGAGGGUCACCACCAACUCCAGCGUUGUCCCGUUCCUGUGACUGUAUGUGCAUGUGCUCAUGAGACAUGCAUGGGCUGUGUGGCCCUCCUACAUAUGGAAAAUGUAUAUUGAGAAUAAAAACGGAGGCCUCCUGUAGUGCUGCCUAGUAACAUUGCCAGUGGCCAGGGGCAGUGCUGUCACAGCCCUGAGGGCUCACUCUGGAGAGAUGGAAAGGACUCAGGAAUGUGACUGUUGUCCAGACCCACAAGUGCCAUUAUGAGAGGCUCGGAGGACAGCUUAGCACGUGGGACUUGCCUUCUCCCUUUGAGACAGGGUCUCUUGUUCAUGGAGUCUUUGGUUUCCACCUCCCACCUUGCCAUAGUGGUGCUGGGUUGUGUUGCUCCGUCCCACUUAUGAACUCAGGUCUUUAUGACUGCAGCAAACAUGACUAAUACGUGUGUGCCAUGAACCCGUGGGAUCUUCUUGAAGGUAUAUCUGGAGUUUGCUGACUCUUGGGAGAGGCUCCCAAACUGGCACAAAGCUGUGGGAGCUUGAGGAAGGUUUCAUGGGAUUCAAGGAUGGGCAAGCAAAGGGUGAUAUGCCCUGCAGGGGUGCAAAAAGCAGACAAUCCUGAAAAACCAGGCUCUGCUCUGGAGGACCCGAGAGUGACUUCAGAGUGGAGGGCACACACGGCAGAUAGGCCUACCCCAGCACUUGGCUGGUCGGGGGCUGAGCUGCUUUCCAGUGGCUGAUGUCUAUGGUUGCCAAUAAUGACAGAGGCAGGCCAGCUGGCACCAUGCAAGAAGUUGAAGUCAGCCUGGAUUAUGUAUCUCAGAUAUAUAAAUAAAUAUACGAAGCAUUUUUUUAUUGGCA